AUGAUCAAGCACACGAUGAUAUCGCGGCUCGAUGGCCUGCUGUUAACAGCCUCGGUCGAUGACGAGCAGACUGAUCGUGAGUUCAACGAAGUCAAGGGCAAGGUGAAGCUUGUACAGCGACGCCUAAACCGCAACUCUGAGCAACAAGCAAGCAUAGAGAGCGGAAACUACACAUACCACUACAUAAUCGAAGGCGACCUCUGCUUCCUCUGCAUAUGCGACCGCUCAUACCCCCGCAAACUCGCCUUUACAUAUCUCUCCGACCUCGCCCGAGAAUUCACCACCACAUAUCAGCCGCAGCAGUACCUCUCGCCCACAUGCCGACCCUAUGCCUUUGUCGAGUUUGACACCUUCAUCCAGCGCACAAAGAAGACAUACCAAGACUCAAGAGCAACGCAGAACCUCGACAAGCUGAACGACGAGCUGAAGGAUGUGACAAAGGUCAUGACCAAGAAUAUUGAGGAUCUCCUAUACCGCGGCGAUAGUCUAGAGAGGAUGGGAGAUAUCUCAAGUCGGCUGCGUGAAGACAGCAGGAAGUACAAGAAGGCUGCUGUGCGCAUCAACUGGGAGCUGUUGCUGAAGCAGUACGGUCCGAUUGGUGGUCUGGCCUUCAUCAUCAUCGUCUUCAUCUGGUGGAGAUUCUUCUAGGCCCAUAUGCAGCGAACCCGUGUCAUCAAUCGUGCCUAUUCAGACGACCAUGGGUUCUACUGGCGUUGGGCGUAAUACUGCGCCGACCUUGCGCGGCAGCAGACAUGCAAAAAUACCCAACCUUCAGCUUCUUG